AUGAAACCACCUUGGCCUAUAAUUGAUGGCAGUGCAUUGUACCCUCUCACCCUCCAAACUCCCAUCCCAGAUCCCCUCUCCAUUUCCUCUCCCAACCCUCUACUACCUCUCUCCCUCUCCUUCCUCUCCAUCCCACCCCCCACAUCCAAAUCUCUCAACCUCUCCACCCCCCUCCCAUACCCAGGAAAGAAUCCCAAAUUCUCCGCCUUGAACCAACUCGGCCAAUCACUCAACCCAAUCAACCCAAGUUCAAAUCUUGUUCUGGGCAUCUCAUGUUUAUACCGACAAUUCUCUGCCCACUUGCAUCUUCUAUUAUGUGUACACCAAUGUCGACAUGUUUGCUGUUGUCCUUGUUGCUGUAUUUCUAGUGUCGAUGUGGCAUUGCGCAAAGGGGCGUGGAUUGAUGUUGACAGGCCCGGUGAGGAGUGUGAUUUUAUGGAUAGAUUUUUGGUAUUUGUGGCUGUGGUCAACGCGGAGGAUCGGAUGGGUAGCACAAGAGGACUGGAAACUGCAGUAUCGGAUCUGAUUUGGACAAAUUAG